CUGGGGGACACUUUCACAUGUGAGACCAAACCGGUGGGACCACCGCUGACUUUACACAUGUACGUCUAUUUGUGCCUCAUACGGAUGGAUACUCUUGACCUGAAGAAUCAGCACUUUGCUGAAAGUGUCAGGACUUUGUGAGGGGAGCUGUCAGCCUUCAAGACCCAAAAGAGGAAGAAGUAAGGGUCGCCCCAGUUGUUCCGCUUCCUCCUCUGCAUCAUGAGCGCCAGGGUGGGGAACAGGAAGGGGCAGCCGCAGUACCGCCGCCACUUUCUGACGGACAACAGCGUCUUUCAAGUGGAGCGAUGCAUGAGUGUGAUGCAGUCCGGGACACAGAUGGUAAAGCUGAAGGCGGGGUCCAAAGGGCUGGUGAGACUCUUUUACCUGGAUGAGCAUCGCUCCUGCAUCCGCUGGAGGCCAUCACGCAAGAGCGAGAAAGCCAAGAUCACCAUUGAUUCACUGUACAAAGUGACAGAGGGCGGUCAGUCCGAUAUCUUCCAUCGGCAUCCGGAGGGCAGCUUGGACCCGGCCUGCUGCUUCACCGUCUACCAUGGCAACCACAUGGAGUCCCUUGACCUGGUCACGUCCAAUUCAGAUGAAGCCAGAACCUGGAUAACAGGCCUCCGCUAUCUGAUGGCUGGAAUCAGUGAUGAGGACUCUCUGGCUAAAAGGCAGCGCGCCCAUGACCAGUGGAUGAAGCAGACCUUCGAGGAGGCGGAUAAGAACGGAGACGGCCUGCUGAACAUCGAUGAGAUCUACCAGCUCCUCCACAAGCUCAACGUCAAUCUUCCACGGAGGAAGGUCAAGCAGAUGUUCCAGGAAGCAGACACGGACGACCAGCAGGGCACGCUGACGUACGAGGAGUUCUCCGUCUUUUACAAGAUGAUGUCCAUGCGUCGGGACCUCUUCCUGCUCAUGAUGGCCUACAGCGACAGGAAGGACCACCUGACAGCGGACGAGCUGGCGAACCUGUUGCACAGCGAACAGAAGAUGGUCAACGUCACCCCGGAAUACGUGGCGGAAAUCAUCGACAAGUUUGAGGUGGUGGACGAAAACAAACAAAGAGGUGUCAUGGGAAUCGAAGGUUUUACAAGUUUCAUGCGAAGUCCGACGUGUGACAUUUUCAACCCUCUGCACAACGAAGUCAAUCAGGACAUGGACCAGCCCUUAUGUAAUUACUUCAUCGCCUCCUCUCACAAUACGUACCUCACCGGCGACCAGCUGCUGUCACACUCCAAGACUGACAUGUACGCCUGGGUGCUGCAGUCCGGCUGUCGCUGCGUGGAAGUGGACUGCUGGGACGGUCCUGAAGGAGAGCCCAUGGUCCAACAUGGCUACACUUUGACCUCCAAGAUCGCCUUCAAGUCCGUCAUAGAAACCAUCAACAAAUAUGCCUUCAUCAACAACCAGUACCCCGUCAUUCUGUCCAUUGAGAAUCACUGCACCAUCCAGCAGCAGAAGAAGAUCGCUCAGUAUCUCAGAGAAGUCUUCGGAGACAAGCUGGAUGUUGCAGAUGUGCUCAGCAGAGAGUCCAAAACGUUGCCCAGCCCUCAGAGUCUGCAGGGGAAGAUUCUAAUCAAAGGCAAGCGUCUCCCUGCAUAUCUGUCUGCGGAUGCCGAGGAAGGCGAGGUCUCCGAUGAUGACAGCGCGGACGAAAUUGAGGACGACUUCAAGCUCAAGAGCAGUAAUGGAAACGGUCAUCACCAGGUGGAGUCCCACAUCAGGAAGAAACUGGACUCUCUCCUCAAGGAGUCUCGCAUCGGAGACAAGGAAGACACCGACAGCUUCAGCAUCAGAGCCCUGCUGAGGGCCACGCACCAGGGCCUCCAGAAAAAUCUGCGCCAGAGCUCCAGGGGGGUUCUGAAGAAAUCCCAAAGCAGGUCCUUCAUUGCCACACUCAAACAGAAGCGGCACUCCAAAUCUCGGCUGACUUGCCAAACUGUAGAAAAGGAGGAAGAUGACCAGGAGACAUCUGGAAGGGACGGCGGAGGACAGUUUAACAGGGGAGGAAGGAAUAGGAAGACAAUGAAGCUGAGUCGGGAUCUGUCAAACCUGGUGGUCUUCACCAACUCUGUGGCCUCACAGGAGUGUUUGAACGAAGGUACACCCGGUGACGUCCUGUCAUUCAGCGAGACCAGAGCCCAGUCUCUGGUUAAUCACAGAGCGGAACAGUUCCUGGCGUUCAAUCAGAGGCAGCUGUCACGAAUCUAUCCCUCGGCGUACCGCAUUGACUCGUCCAAUUUCAACCCCCAGUUCUAUUGGAACGUUGGCUGUCAGCUGGUGGCCCUGAACUACCAGACGGAGGGCAGAAUGAUGCAGCUUAACAGAUCGAAGUUUAUGGUGAAUGGAGGUAGUGGCUAUGUCCUCAAGCCCCCACCCAUGUGUAAAGGCACUUUCAACCCAUUUAGUGACGACCCACUUCCAGCUUACCCCAAGAAACAGCUCCUUCUUAAGGUCAUUAGUGGACAGCAGCUGCCCAAACCUCCUGAUUCCAUGCUGGGGGACCGUGGGGAGAUUAUUGAUCCAUUUGUGGAAGUGGAGAUUAUCGGCCUGCCUGUUGACAGCUGCAAGGAACAGACGCGAGUGGUUGAUGACAACGGUUUCAACCCUGUCUGGGAGGAGACCUUGUCCUUUACGCUACACAUGGCUGAGGUGGCUUUGGUGCGUUUCCUGGUCUGGGACCAUGACCCCAUCGGAAGGGACUUUAUUGGGCAACGGACUGUUGCCUUCAGCAGCCUCAUGCCUGGAUACAGACAUGUCUACCUAGAGGGUCUUACUGAGGCGUCCAUCUUUGUGCAUGUGUCAGUGCAUGACGUCUACGGCAAAUGGAGUCCUCUAGUGCUGAAUCCCAGCUUUACCAUAAUGCACUUUCUAGGAUCUAACAAGGGAAAUCAGCUGCGAGGUAUCCGGGGUUUGUUCAACCGCUCUUCCAAGUCCUCCGUGGAUACAACCGCCGCAGGUCUUCGCAAGCGAUCUAUCAGCGAUCACCUCCUACGACGCACUGCCAGUGCCCCAGCGAAGGGUCGGAAGAAAACCAAAAUGGCGCUGUCCGAAUCUGUAGCCUCCAUGUCGGACCACAAGAACAGCGCGGGGCUAGAGGCCAUCGGGGAGGGUGUGUCAGGGAAGGAGCCAGGGGUGGAAAAAUGGCCCCAACCCCCGCCCCCCCUCACCCACAGACCCAUCUCCAUGCCUUUAGACAGGCUCCUGCAAGGGCAGCUGACUCUUUGCUCUGGUGACAAGGAACAGCGAGACUCAGGGGCAGACACAGUCAUUGGAACAUACCCUUUUGACAGACCUAGGUCUUCCUCAGUGGAUCUUCUUACCAAAUCAUCAGCCUCAAUUCGGGAAAGGGUUCAAUCCCCUUCUAAGACUUACAGCAUUUGGAAAAAUGAUCUCAUCAAGCCACGAGAGACCUCUUAUCUGGUUAUCGGUGAAAGUAGCAUAAGAAAUGAAGACGACUAUGUCAACUACCAAGCAGGUAACAAUCGAGGCAACCAGCUUAAGGACCAAUCCGUAGGAACCACCAAUAUCCAAAGUCGAUCAGAUAAACCAGAAACAUCUUCAACCAGCACGACAUUCACAGUUGCACCUUCAGUGUCCUCCUCCUCCUCUUCUGCACUUUCCUCAACGGCCCCUCCUCUUUGCUCAGUCAGCAGAAAGUGUGAGCUAAAGAGUCCUACCUCCUUGCAUGACAGUACUAUCUCCAGACUCAUUGAUGCCAUGUCUUUAGGCAAUGACCAAGACACACACGGGUCUAUAUCUGCUUUGAUUGGUCAGUUUGAAAGCACUGUUGACCAAAACAGUUCCUCCCAUGAUCAUACCCUUGCUCAUCACUCUUCUCAUGAACCACAAGAUUUCAGAUCCCCAGCCAAGAAAGCUCCCCUUUUUGAAACAAAUCAUGUCACCCUUUCACCUUGCAAAAUGUCAAAAGUAGACACAAGCUUCUUAUCCAGUCCAGAAACUGCUGAACUUGAGGAGGUUUACACCAUUUUGGAUGAGGAGAUGCUGUCAUCUGUGUCGGUGUACAACCUAAAGAGUCAGAAAGUUCACAUUCAGGAAAAUAAGAUGGCUUCCUCUCUACCAAAGGUGGUUCAUGGAUUAGAUGCUGUACAGAGUAUUGUGCGUUGGGAUGAUAAUCCCACAAAGGGAAAAAUAAAUGAAGAUCCCAAAGACGCAGAAGAGAGUAUCUAUGAGGAAGUGUUUGACCCACCCACUCCCAUACCUAAGCAACAGUGGAAUUCUACUCAAAGAUGUACUUUUUCAUCCAGAAACAACUCUUCCACAGAGGUGGAAAUAAAUGUUGAUGAGAAUCCAAAACCAAGACAUAGAUGGGAGACACUCACAAGUCCUACGAAACAAAAUGCUAUUUACCAAAACGAGUCCACCCCGGAAUACUCCCAACAGAAACAUCUUCUGCCGUAUCGUGAGCCUCUUCAGGGAUACCCAAUGUUUCCAAAGUGUUCAUCCCCACAGAAUUCCUAUCGGCUAAUGAAUCACCAGUCCAGCAUCCAGUCUUCUCUAAUCAAUAGACCCAUGGACUCUAAACCUGCCAGAUCCACACCAAUGAGUCACAACGGCUACCCAAGUCCUCAAAACACUCCAAUUACUUUUCAGUAUAACAAGUCAUUAACACCACAGAGAGGCUACUUUGGGAGUCGUCAUCCAGGAAGACAAGGGCCAUUAAACACGAAAGAGGGAUUGCAGAAUGGGUUAUCGUCUGAAAGUCUUCCCAUUUCCUCUGCACUAACUAUGUCUAAAGAUAGAAGUCUAUAUUCCUCUUCUUCAGAUUGUGAAACGGUGUACAGCCAUGUGGACUAUGCCGAUAUUGCAUCCUCAGUAGAGUUAGCACCCCCUUCAAACUCACAAGCUCGCAGCCAAACCCAAUUACCCUUUCCCAAGCAUUCAUGGAACCAAAAGGUUUCUAGGCUCCAAGUACAGUCUGACACCAACGUUCCAAAGAUUUCAACUCAAAGCUGUUUAUCAACUGUUCCACAGUCGAAUAAGGCUGAUUCCACAGUCAGCACUCCAUGCAAGUCCAAGUCUCUUGGAGACCUGACUUCUGAGGACAUAUCAUGUAACUUCCAGAGCAAAUACCACAUCAUUAGUCGCAGUUUUAUCACUUCCCACAUGAGGAAACAAAAGAAGAUGGAAACAAUGGGGGGAAGAGGAAGUUUCCACACGCAAUCUUGUGACCCCCUGACUGAGCAGUUGCGUAAACUGGUCAGUCUGGACGGAGAGGAUACAGAAAGAGAAAUGUCCAAUCAAGAGGAAAAAUGCCCCCAAACCCCAAGCACAAAUCCCUCUACUUCCCAGGUCAUUGACGACUCCCCCCCACUUCUUACUCGCCGUCUAUCGACUCGUAGCCAAAGCCGAGUACGACACAUCAACAGUCGAGCUCGGGAAAGACAGCAAGAAGCCCUGAAACCACGUUCUGGCAUCACCGUCAACAGCACCACCAGCAUGGGUGGGGUAGUUUUGAGGAAUAAACCAGCCUUACAAAACCCCACAAUUAACAGACAUUCUACUGGCUCUUACAUCGCGGGAUACUUAGGCCAACUGGAGGACAGGGGGCUUCCUGAGGGAGCUUGUACAUCUUUACACUACGGAAACGGCGAUCAACACGGAGAUCGUUAUUGUCCCGAUGACUUCUUACCCCCUUCAAAUGGCUCACGCUUUUCAUCAGAACCAGAGGUCUACUUUCUGCUUAGACUUUAGCGUUGAAUGUCAGCUAAAAGGAGAUCAAGGACAGAGUGUGAAUCUUGGAAGCCGGUUGGUCAGCGAAAUUCAAAGUUUUCCCCAUAUCAAAAAACGACCCUAUCAGUAUUUCAAAUGAUGAUACAUGUAGUGUCUCGUUAACGUCAGUACACACUUCAUAGUUUAGCAAAGGGGCAAUACUAUAGAAAUUAAACUUGGAUAAAACAUAUUGUUGUCAAUAUACAACUUGUGUAGCAGUAUAGAUGUACUGCCCCCUAAAAAUGACACAACACACAGCUAAUGUUGUCUUAAUAUCUGACAACACAAAUGAGAAUACCUUUCAACAAACAUGUCCAAAGUAUCAAUAUUUACAUUUAUUACCCUUAGCUUGGUACUCACUUGUGUUGCUCGUUGUUUAGACAAUAAUGGCUGUAUAGUAAAUCAAUUUUAGUGGACGUUAAAUCUAUUCCGCUAUACAAGCUGUAAACUGACUACUCUAAGGUAUAUCCGAGUUUCAUUUCUAUAGUAUUGUCGCUUAGAAAUAUAUACUUUAAUAGAAUGUUUGCUAAAUUGUGAGGCAUGUAAUCACUUUAUUGAGAUACUGUUCAUAGAGCAUUGUUUGGUCUGGCGGCAUGAGUUUCAUGUAUAAAAUGUCUACACUUUAAUAGUUAAAAGCUGUUCUAGUCUGGCAUUGUAUUGUUGAUAUUCUGCUUAAUGUUUAAAUGUACGUGGGAAGGUGGAUUUUCUCCAAAAUGCUAACAAUACUUGUUAUUUUGUCCCUGUGGCGUCCUGUCAAAACUGCGUACACUGACUAUGAAGCAAAAAAAAAAAAUCGAUUUGUAAGCAGAAUGUGUUUCUCCGUAUCAGUCGAAUGUGUAGUGUAAACAACAGCUAUGUCAUCUCCUCAAAGGUCAUCAUCAUGCAAGUCUUCCUUCUUCUUCAUCAAGUGUAUAUAAUUCCGCCGUUGUUUUGGAUUCAACUCUGACUGUACAUGAACUGUAUGUUUGUGCAUGUUACUUGUGAACAUGUCAAGCAUGACUAUGCACCUGUUUAUACAAAAUAUGUUAGAUCAACUCGACAAAUCUUGCACAUAAUUACCAGUUAGUUGCAUUGGGGAGGAUGAAAGCUCAUAUUAGGUGCAAUUUACCAUAAAAACCUCUGUGCUUAGACUUGUUGCUGUUUAUGAUUUAUAAAUGUUAAAUAACAAAAAAAAAUCAUUGAAAGAUUUGGAACGUAAAGCCUCUUAUUUUUUUAAUUGCUUUGAUACAGAAUACAAACUAUCUUUUGUUGGUUCUGGUUAUUUUAUUUUAUAUAACACAAGUGGACUGCAAAAAAUAAAACAUAAGAGUACCUAUUGUACAGUGAUAAGGUUAAAAAAUGAAGGGUAAUUAAACUGUAAUUUUUAUUUUUGAUUGUUACAGUGUCGACCAUCUUUUUUCUUUGUAUUGUUGCUCAUCUGAGGACUGUGAGCAUUUUCCUACCAAUGCAAUAAAAAUAUUCAAU